AUGAUCUCUCUAUCCACCGGAGGUAUUGGCACCACUCCCAGGGGCAGACCCAUAGACCUGGCCAGUCUUGCUGUGGGUGUGGUCUCUCCUCUCUAUAACUAUCCACCAGGAAUCUGGGAUCAGUCUGCAGAGCAACACCAACUCUUCAUUGCCUUUGGUGGACACGACUUCAACAUGACAACUAUACGUUCCCUUGCUGUGAUUGCUGCCAGUCUGUUGGUGGUUCAGGUCAUCUCACUCACUACAGCUCAAGGUGCCUUUCCAGUCUGUGACAAGUCUCCAGAAAUUGGCCAUUGUAAGGAGUACAGCCAACGCUAUUACUAUAAUAAGGAGGCGGGCACUUGCAAAACUUUCAUCUAUAGCGAUUGUGGAGGAAACGAAAACAAUUUCCGUACUGAGGAAAACUGCGAGAACGUGUGCAAACCAGAAGUGUUUAGCCUUUCGAGGCAAGACUGUUACUUGUCUCCAAAAAUUGGUCCAUGUAAGGCGUACGUAACACGCUAUUACUAUGAUAAGAAGAAGUCAACUUGCAAGAAAUUCAAGUAUGGUGGCUGUAAAGGAAAUCAAAACAAUUUUCCUACUAUGCAAGAUUGCCUAAUCAACUGCAUGACAGUCCAUGGAAUCUCCUCGAUAUGGCAUCAUCAUCGCCAUGAGAUAUUAUCCUUGGAUGACGAGCAUAUGUUCUCCUAAGUGGAGAAUGUUUGACAUUGAAGAGAUUUGGAAUGUAUUGCGUUCCUUCUAAAAUAUUGUAAGAGGUUGUAUCUUGUUUGAGCUUUCCUGGCUCAUUCGAGCGUCAUCCAUUGUUCAACCGUUAAAUAAACAAAUUAACUCAGCAUCA